UAAUUUGCUUUUGGGCGUUUCGAUGCAACCUUCCAACUCCCACCAUCUCCACGUUCUCUACGAUGCUAUUUAAUCCCUUUUUUCUCUGAUAAUCUGAUCGUCUUUUAGUUUUACUAGGUAAAGAACAGAUAAGACUGGUGGUUGAGUUAUUGCCUUCCUCUCCAAUCUUAACAGAUUGUUGGGGGCAAUUUUCCUUUUGCCACUCUCUCUGUAGUAGCACUGUUAUCAAGAAAAUAUCAUUGGUAAAUGGGGUCGGAAGGGCCUCCAUCAGUGACGAUUCAUGUAACGGGGUUUAAGAAGUUCCAUGGAGUUUCUGACAAUCCAACUGAGACAAUUGUGAAUAAUCUCAAGAAGUAUAUGGAGAAGAAUGGUUUGCCAGAAGGUCUAACUCUUGGGAAUUGCUCAAUUCUUGAGACUGCCGGGCAUGGAUCUCUUGAUUCGCUACGGAAGACGUUGGAAUCUGCAAUAGAGGGGAACGAUUCUGGACCUACUAAUUCAAGAAGAAUCAUAUGGCUUCACUUGGGAGUUAAUAGCGGCGCUUCAAGGUUUGCUGUUGAACAUCGAGCUUUUAAUGAAGCCACUUUUCGUUGUCCUGAUGAAAUGGGAUGGAAACCUCAGAAAUUACCAAUCGUUCCCGAGGAUGGUGAAAUUUCACGUGUACGAGAGACUUCCCUUCCAGUGGAGGAAAUAACCAAGACAUUGGCAAAAAAGGGAUAUGAAGUCAUGACUUCAGAUGAUGCGGGUCGUUUCGUGUGCAAUUAUGUCUACUAUCAUUCCCUCCGCUACGCAGAAGAGAACGGCAUCAAAUCGCUAUUUGUUCAUGUUCCUCUCUUCUUAACUAUAGAUGAACAGACCCAGAUGCAAUUCAUUGCUUCCUUGUUAGAGGUUCUUGCAUCUUCAAGUUAUUAGACUACCAAUGUAUAGGAGGAUGUAUUGGGUGAUGCUUGUUUGUCAAGAUGCUUGAAUAAAAGGAAUAAUAAUAUGCUUUCCGGGCUAAUGUACGUAUUUUGAACCAUGCAUU